CAUGUGGGAUUUCCCAAGACGUUUGCACCUCCUUCUUUUUGAUACUUGACGCUUGCCUUCACUUUGACUCCCACUGACACUUCCAGACACGCAGACAACACACAGAGAAGACACCGCGUGUUGAAAUAUAAGCAGACACGAGAGGGCCGCCAGAUGCGAGAAACCAUGACAGAAACAUGGCUUUCCACGACAGAAAGCGCCGCGGAAGUCAUGAUUCUGCCGUUUACGGCCACCAAUGACUCGAACUUCCUGGACUCGCCUUUUCGUUAUCAGCUUUUCCCCACAGCAUAUGGCAUCAUCUUCAUCCUUGGACUCUUUGCCAACAUUUAUGUGCUGUUUGUGCUGCGCCGCCUACGAGAAGCCAAAGCCAUGGGGGAAAUCCGCAUCUACAUGACCAACCUGACCAUCGCAGAUCUCCUCUUCGUGUGUGCCCUCCCCUUCUGGAUUGGCUAUUACAGCCGCCAAGGCACGUGGAUCUACAAAGACUUUCUGUGCCGACUGACCGGCUCGUUGUUCUUCAUCAACACCUACUGCUCCAUCCUCUUCCUUGGUGCCAUCAGUGUCAACCGGUACUGGGCGGUCACCCGGCCUUUAGACGCGGCCUCGUCGGACCACAGGCGCCGCGGAAUCGCCGUUUGUGUUGUCAUCUGGUUGACGACUGUCUCCAUGGCUGUUCCUUUUCUCGCCAGUCCAGGCACCAACCAGGACAGGAACGUCACCCGCUGUUUCGAAGGCUACCAGAAUGGGGACGACUCGUCCAAAAGAGUGGUGGCCGCCACGCAUUUUGCAAUCAUCGUAAUGUUUUUUGUCGUUUUCGCGCUCGUGGUAGUGUGUAACCUCCUCAUCGCCCGAACCUUGUUCUCCCAAAGCGCUCCUCUCUCUGAGCUAAAGUCCGGAACGGUUUUAUCCAGGAAGUCCAACAUGACUAUCUCCUCAUCCAGGAGGCCUACAGGGGUGAAACGCAGGGCUGUGCAGAUGCUUAUGGCGGUGGUCGGCGUAUUCGUCCUGUGCUUCCUGCCUCAUCACGUGGUCCAAGGCUUCUGGACGCUGGCGGUACUGCAGAUCCAAGAGGGGUGGGGCCACGUGGACUGGAAUGGCGAAACUGUUCAGACGCUCAACGACGCGCAUCAGUUGACCUUGCUUCUCAUGGGUCUCAACUGCAUUUUGGAUCCGGUGGUGUACUGUUUCGCCACCAGAAAGUUUCGACGGUUCAUCAUGGCUCAUCUGAAGAGGCUGGUGAAGGGCGAGAGCUGCUCCCACACCGUCACCUCGCAGAUCUCUUUGGACAGCCGACACCACAGUCAGAGACUUCCUGAUGAGCUCCAUUAGCCCGAGCUGCUUUGACUUGAACACACCCAAGAAGUGGCAUAAUAAACGGUAUCGGGUUACACCAGGAGAUCAUGUUUUCUCUAUCCCAUCCAUACAGCCAUUUUUCUAGACUGCUUAUCCUGGGCUGGAGCCUGUCCUGGCUGAUUUUAGGUCAAAGGUUGACUACAACCUUGGACUGGUCGCCAGUCAAACAGAAGGCACAUAGAGAGAGACAACCUUUCGCACUCACAUUCAAACUGUCACUGAGUGGGAACUGAACCAAAGCUCAGGCAGUGUACCACUACGCCAUCAGUGACUGUUCUGUCCAUGCCAUUUGUAAAAUGAAAUGGUACCAAAUAAAGAGAAUACACUGUUGGGAAUAAAUUAGUACAAUUGAAUGGAACAAACAUAACAAUUAAGGUUGUAAAUGUCGGCCAGUGCUUCUGCUAGUGCUUAGGCCAGCAGAAAAGACCUUGUUUCUUCUGACUACUGCUUAUCUUUUUAUGUGAAGACUAAAUUGCAUCAAUCCGGCUUCCUGUGUGAAGUACGCACAGAAAAGAAGAAGUUUUGCAAGCAGAAGUCUGUGAGAUUCUCUGCGAGUCUGACUCUUUAUUUUCACCAAAAGAACUCCACAACAAACAAUGUAGUCAGUUAAUUAGGUAAUGCAGUCAGUGCCUUUUAAUGUUUUUAUUUCUGACAUGGCAUCAAUAAAAUAUACAGCAUUUUCCACCAGUCAAGUGCGAGGACGCAGAAGUAAUUCUGUCAAAGUUACGUGUUCCCUUCGGGCAUCUGAUAUUGUGACAUUUUCAGCUCCCUGGUGAUUAUUCACAGUGACAAAAACAACAGUGGGUUCUCUGCUUUAUUGUAUUCUGAGAAGAUGGUGAGUCUUGCACGUUAUUUUGAGUUGCUUGUGGUGUGUUUUCGUCACCGUAUAGUGACAAUCUCACCGAGCAGUAAGCACACCCUGUGGACUACAGAUAGUCAACUAGUGGUUUUAUAGGUGAUUGUGUGAGUUGGAGUCCACAUUCAGUUGCUCUAUCUGCCUAAUCAGAUGUUCACGGCAGAACUGAGGAUGUGCUCUCCGCAGUCAUGCGUGUGGGAUCCAGAUCUGUGUAGGCUAGGUUAGUGCUUGAGUAAUUCAUGUACAGGUGUCCGUUGUUCUCGGCCUGCGGAAGACCGCCCCUGUGAUGCAAAAAAAAAACUAUAAAUAAAUACAUAUUUUACAAUGUAAAAAAAAUAAGAAAAAUAAAUACAUAAUAUCACGGCACGGUGGACGACUGGUUAGAGCGUCUGCCUCACAGUUCUGGGGACCGGGGUUUAAUCCCCGGCCCCGCCUGUGUAGAGUUUGCAUGUUCUCCCCGUUUCUGCGUGGGUUUUCUCCGGGCACUCUGGUUUCCUCCCACAUCCCAAAAAACAUGCGUGGUUGGUUGAUUGAAGACUCUAAAUUGCCCGUAGGUGUGAAUGUGAGUGCGAAUGCUUGUUUGUUUAUGUGUGCCCUGCGAUUGGCUGGCAACCAGUUCAGGGUGUACCCCGCCUCGUGCCCGAAGAUAGCUGGGAUAGGCUCCAGCACUCCCGCGACCCUAGUGAGGAUAAGCGGCUCAGAAAAUGGAUGGAUGGACAUAAUAUCACACCUAUCUGAUGCAACUGAAAUUGGAAAAUAAUGUAAAAUACAUAAAUGUGUCAUUAAAUAAAUGAAUAUAUAUGUACA